AUGGAUUCUAGACGUCUACUAAGCACCACUCUGCUGUUGUUGUUGAUGAUCUUUUUCGUCGAUGCGAAAAAGAAAAUUCGUCGUCCGAAUGUGAUCAUUUUGUUUGCAGACGACUUGGGAUAUGGAGACCUUCAGGUGUACGGACACCCAACGUCGUCUACGCCCAACCUCAACCGAUUGGCUCGCGAUGGAAAGGUGUUCACCCAGUUCUACGCAGCGGCGGCUAUAUGCAGCCCAUCCAGAGCUGCUCUUCUUACCGGACGCUACCACAUGCGAUCUGGGAUCUAUCCUGGUGUCUUCAAUGUCACAUCGUCUGGAGGCCUUCCACACCGUGAGGAAACCAUCGCAGAAAUGGUCAAGGGGCGUGGCUACUACACAGCUAUGGUUGGCAAGUGGCAUCUCGGUGUAGGGCGUGAAGGGAGGUACCUCCCGCCCGCCCAUGGUUUUGACGAGUUCUUAGGUAGGUGUCUUUUGCUUCCUCAUGAUAUUAAAGAAUAG